CGCUGCGCAGCGAAUCUUGGAGCUUACAUCAGAUCUGAAAUUGGACAAGUGGGGUAUUGUACGCCAUCCCCCUUACUACGUAGUGUACUAUCGAUUUCUCUCCCUGAUCAAGUUUAACACGCAACCCCUAUCUUUAUCUAUAUUUACCUGGGGAGAUCCUUACUUAACGCAAUGUUUUAAGUCUCCUCUUCUGAAUCUGGGUCGCUCGUUUCUUGCAUCGUUCAUUCGCUUCUUGUUAAAAAAAGAUGGCCAUCGCUGCCAUGUCGGAAAAAACAUCGCCAUACCGCCGAACGGCGAUGGUGGCUGCAUGCGUGUUGGUCUUUUUUAUCCUUUUUGAGACUUAUUAUCUUUAUUCAGAUGCCUGGACACCUACACAUGGGUUAUCGUCCGGAUCCAAAUCGACCGGGGCUUCACCAUCGGUCCAUGCGCCCUCGAAGCCCAAGAAGAAGGUCAUCAAGACGUCGCAGCUGCAUUUCCUGCUGCCCGCUUCGAACCCGAAUGAUAUGUUCUGCGCCAUCGUUACCUCCGCCCUUGUUAACCGAUAUCCCGCUCCGUACAUGGUCGGCUGGAAGGGCGAGGGCAAAUACAACGCUUCCGCCGCGCAUACAGCUAAGCUGUACUCGAUCAAAAAGUACCUCGACGAACUUCCCCAAGGCGGCGACGAUGACGACCUCGUCUUCUUCGGAGAUGGAUACGAUGUUAUGGCCCAGCUGCCCGUUGAGGUUGUGAUUGAGCGCUACUUUAAGGUUGCUGCUGAUGCCGACCGCCGGUUGGCUGACCGUUUUGGCAUAACCGUUGAAGAAGCCCACAAACGCGGACUGAAGCAAACUUUAUUUUGGGGUGCCGACAAGAUGUGUUGGCCAGCCCUAAACGAGGCACAGUGCACCAAGAUCCCCGGAUCGCAUCUCCCUCGUAAUGUCUAUGGUCCCAAGACUGGCGGCGGUGAUGUCACAUAUCGCGACGCCAAGUACUUCAAUUCAGGAAGUGUCAUUGGACCUGUCGGAGAUUUGCGCAACUUUAUCAACGCUGGUAUUGCCAGUUUGGAGGAGACUUUCGACCCCAACUUUAAAUACAAGACGUCGGACCAGAUCUACCUUGCCAGACUUUAUGCGCGCCAGGAGCUCUCGCGCGCUGAGCAGAUUGAGAAUGAGUCCAUGAUGGCCAGCUUUGGCGACAACGCCACUGCUGUCGAAACGAAGAACAUCACCGAGUACCAUGCCGCCAUCGAUUUCGAGUCGGAUUUCGUGCAGACUGGAUGUUUCGCCCAUAGGUGGAUGAACAAGCUCAACUACAACAACUCGGACAACACGGCGACCAUGUCCAAGGAUGUCUACGACGUGGGCAAGAACUUCAAGCCUUAUCGCAUCCAGAUGCCAACGAAUGUCUACCGAUCUCUCAUCAAAGUCUUCAAAUCUCUCCCCGCCGAGGUGGCCACAAUGUCCGCCCGUGACUGGGUAGGCAGCCUAGACCUCGACACAAACGUCGCCACACGCAGCAUUUUCGGUUUCUACCACGCCACAUGCAGUAAGCGAAACCUCAUCUCCGACUUCAAGAAGUACUGGUUCCACCCCUACGCCGUUCCCCUGCUACAGGCUGGCUUCAAAGCUACCAGGCAAGAUGAGCCCAUUACCGAGAAGCUCAUCGACGGACGCAAGUGGGUUUACAAGACAGUAUACCCUGAUUCAGGAGCACCAGAGGAUCAACUCGGUGGUGUCUUGACAGACUUCAAGAACGAGACAUACAUUUCCUUUUCGACCCUAUGCGGCGAUUAUUUAGACAUUCUUGAGCCUAGACACUAAAAUAUGAAAUUGUAAUGAGGUUGGUUAACGGAGUAAAGGUGUAUUGGCAUAAAGGAUCAGGGCAAAUUGGGAUUGCCUACUGUAUAACACUACACGGCUUCAAUGUUUUUUUUACAUCUUCAAGGAAUCAGGGAAAUUUGGUUAAGAAUAUACCACUAGUGACUUGAACAAACCUCC